AUGGUGCAUGUGAAAGUGGGCGACGGUCAGGACGAAUCCCGCCAGGACGAGAUGGAAGAACGCGGGAAUCCAGGUGGAGAACCAGGCUGGAGCGGAGGGGAACGCGAUUCCCACAAUGAUGCGGGCAACGGAUCCCGCCAUAUAUAUGCCGCCAAACCAUGUGAGUCCGCGUCCCAGGCGGCGAUUGGGCACGGUGAUUCCACGACUUAUACGCCAGCAGGUUCUCAACAUCAAUCCAAGCAGCAAAAGCUGGAUCAGCAGGAGAGUGGAGUAAUGAAGGUUGCUGCCCUGAAACGCAUCGAAUGUCGGAAGAAAAGACUGCGGCAUCCAAAACUGAAUGGCCUGCCCCGCGACACGCAGGCCGAAAAGCCCCGUCAGCAGUGA